AUGCCCACAUCUUCUGCUGCAAACCACAAGCUUUCCUCCUUUCAAAAGGCUGCCAUUGGUGCUCUUGCGUCGGUCACUGCCAGCACUCUCGUUUAUCCUUUGGAUUUGUCCAAAACCUUGAUCCAGACCCAGCCAAAGAGAAAAUAUGACCCCAAAGACAAAGAAGCAAAGAAAUUGCUAGAUGAUGACUUGAACUACUAUCGAGACACCCUAGAUUGUAUCAAGAAGAUUUAUAUCAAAAACAACUCCAUCUGGAGCUUGUACUAUGGCAUAGUCCCUUCUUUGUUAAGCACUGCCUCGAUGAACUUUGUUUAUUUUUUCUGGUACUCAAUCAUCAAGAAAGUUUAUCACCAACUUUUAUACAACUAUAAAAGAAGCCACAAUGGUAAAAUCAAUUCUGUUUCAAUCGAGCUAUUGUUGGGUAUAUUAGCUGCUGCUAUUUGCCAGUUGGUAGUUACUCCAAUCACCACAAUAUCGACAAAGCAGCAAACGACUGUGUCUGAUGACCCCUCUACCUGUCAAAAGCAAAAUGCUGAUAUUGACAUUGAUACCAAUAAAUCCACACCCAAAUCCAAAGAAACUGUUAAUAACUCCUUUUUUAAAAUAGCCAAUCAUAUUGUUAAAAAUGAUGGAAUAACUGGUCUUUGGUCUGGGUUAAAAGUCUCCUUGGUUUUAACAUUAAAUCCUUCAAUAACCUAUUCAUCUUAUAAGAAAGCCAAAACCCUUUUUUUCCCCAAAAAAAAAAAUUUAAAACCUCUUCAAAGUUUAUUUUUGGGUAUGUUAGCCAAAUUAAUUGCAACUGUUAUAACCCAGCCUUUAAUUGUCUCAAAAGCAAUGAUUCAAAAAAAGGAAAUUACUGUUCUCCUCAAUGAACAGAAAACUGAUUCAAAUGGCAACACUGUAACCAUUCCAAAAAAGAAAAAAUUUGUUUUCAAAAACUUUCAACAAUGUUUAUCCUUUUUAUAUGCUUCUGAAGGCUUAAAAGGCUUAUGGAAAGGUAUUGGACCACAGUUAUCAAAAGCUGUUAUAGUUCAAGGCUUCCUAUUCAUGUUUAAAGAUCAGUUUGAAUUAUUGUUUAUCAAAUUAUUAAGGUUGAUUCUUUUCCUCAGAAAUAAAAAUAAACAUAAAAAUAUAAAAGUUUAA